AUGACGCAGUCGCCGGCGUCCACUGCAGUCUCCGACUCUGGGAUGCUGGGCCGCCGCCUCGCGCUGCUCCCGGCGGCGACCGUCGCGCGCGGGGGCACGACGACGCGGGCGCGGAUGACGGUGGGGUGCGUGCUGGUCGACCACGUGGCGCCGCGGCUCGCGGUGGCCUCGGCCGCGCUCGUGGGUGCCCGGGAGGUGAUCGCGGCGGCUGCCGCCGCGGGCGCGGGGGGAAGCGGCGCGGCGCACGGCGCCGUGGCGUCGACGCUCGCGCAGGUCGCCGUCACGGCCGUGGCGAUUGCAUCGGGGGCGUGCCUCUCAACCAAGGUCGACUUCCUCUGGCCUCGCAUCGAGCAGUUGCCAGAUACUCUUAUAUUUGAAGGAGUGGAGGUGACAGGAUACCAGAUAUUUGAGGAUCCAAAGGUGCAGAAAGCAAUAGAAUUUGCUAGUACAGCCCACCUUGGGCAAUUUAGGAGAACAGGAGAUCCAUAUGUUACACACUGCAUACAUACUGGAAAAAUUUUAGCUGCCUUGGUUCCAUCAACUGGAGAAAGAGCUGUUAACACAGUUGUGGCUGGCAUUCUUCACGAUGUUGUUUGUGAUACAUCAGAGAGCUUGAAGAGCAUAGAAGAGCAGUUUGGGGAUGAUGUUGCUAGUUUGGUAUCUGGUGUAUCAAAAUUAAGCUACAUAAACCAGCUACUUCGCAGGCAUCGACAAAAAAAUACCGGUGGGAGCACUCUUACUUCAGAAGAAGCAAAUAAUCUACGUGUUAUGUUAUUGGGGAUGGUUGAUGAUCCUCGUGUGGUGCUCAUCAAGCUGGCAGAUCGCUUGCACAAUAUGCGGACAAUUUAUGCUCUUCCUGUACCUAAAGCUGAAGCUGUUGCUCAAGAGACAUUGGCUGUCUGGUGCUCACUUGCUUCUCGAUUGGGAGUCUGGGCUUUGAAAGCUGAGCUGGAAGAUUUAUGCUUUGCUGUCCUUCAGCCUCAAAUCUUCAAGAAAAUACGAUCUGAACUUACUUUAAUGUGGAGUCGUACUGGAAAAUCUAAAAAUAUGAGAAGAUCAUCAUUUCGAAACGAAUUGCUUGCCUCAAUGAAAGAUGGGCAUAUGACGUCCAUCAAUGAUUUGUUUAGUUUGUGCAACCAAGAAAAACCAAAUAUGAAGGACCUAUUGCAGGCAGUUUUGCCAUUUGACAUCUUUUUGGAUCGGAAGAGGCGUUCAUACUUCCUUAGCAAUCUCAAUAGUAAUUCUGGAGAAUCUAUACCAAAUCCUAAGAUAGUUGACGAUGCUGCUGUUGCAUUAGCAUCUUUAGCAUCUUGUGAGGAAGAACUUGAGCGAGAAUUACUCAUAUCAACAUCGUACAUACCUGGGAUGGAAGUGACUUUGUCGAGUAGACUCAAGAGCUUGUACAGUUUCUACUGCAAGAUGAAAAGAAAAGAUAAAGGACUUAGGCAAGUGUAUGAUGCUCGUGCAUUGAGGGUGAUUGUCGGAGACAAAAAUGGUGCCAUGCAUGGACCUGCUGUCCGGAGUUGUUACAGCAUCCUUGAUAUAGUACACAGGCUAUGGACUCCAAUUGAUGGGGAGUUUGAUGACUACAUUAUCAAUCCUAAGGGUAGCGGUUACCGAUCACUCCACACAGCAGUUCAGGCAUCUGAUAGCUCACCACUGGAGGUCCAGAUUAGAACCCAGCGAAUGCAUGAGUAUGCAGAACAUGGACUUGCUGCUCAUUGGCUGUAUAAGGAGAGCAAAGUUGAGUACAGAAGUAGCAUGAGUAAGAGAAUAAGCCAAAGUACAUCAUAUUCAUCGAGUUCUUCAGAAGAUGAAAUCUCUAUACAGGAUGAUAUCCCAUCAAAGUACAGUUCUAUGAAAGUGGGGCAUCCAGUGCUAAGAAUUGAAGGUAGUGACUUACUAGCAGCUGUCAUAGUCAGUAUAGAUAAAGGAGGAAAGGAAUUGAUUGUUGCUGUAAGUUUUAGUCUUGAAGCUUCUGAAGCUGUAGCUGAGCUAAGGUCAUCUUUUCAGUUGAAGCGUUGGGAAGCCUAUGCUAGGCUUCAUAAAAAGGUUUCUGAAAAGUGGUGGUGUGCACCUGGACAUGGUGACUGGUCAACAAAUCUGGAGAGGUACACACUAUGCCAGGAUGGAAUAUUUCAUAAGCAAGACCAAUUUGGGAGACUUUUACCUACAUUUCUUCAAAUAAUUGAUUUGACGGAAGAGGAAGAGGAAGAGUAUUGGAUGGUUGUAUCUGCCAUAUUCGAGGGCAAAGAAACUUGCAGUCUACCAUCUGAAUUGAGUUAUGCUGAUAAAUCAUCAUCUGAACCUCCAAGUUCUACUCCAUUAAGUGAUCCCAUUAACAAUAAGGUGCAUUUGCUCAGAACCAUGCUUCAAUGGGAGGAGCAAGUUCGCCGUGGCGCAUCUUUGGCAGGGAAAAGUCUCGGUGUAAACACCUGCACAAAACCAAUCCUGCGUGAGGUGGCCAUAAUAUUCUGGCCUAAUGGCAAGAUUAUGAGAAUGAGCACUGGUAGCACAGCUGCUGACGCUGCUAGAAGAAUGGGCGUUGAAGGGAAGCUGCUUUGGGUUAAUGGCCAAGUAGUGCUACCCCAAACAGAGCUCAAGGAUGGGGAUAUAGUUGAAGUGAGGGUAUAG